CGCGGACGCGCGCAGAAGCGGCAGCCGAACCCGGCAGACUAGCUGCGGCCGCGGCGCCGCCAACUCGCGUGCGACCCGCGCUCCGCCCGCCGCCGAGAGAGACACCGGCGCCGCCUGUGACCUUGUGAGGCGGGCAUGCAGGAUGGCAGGACAGCCCAGCCAUGUGCCCCACGGAGGGAAUCCGAACAACCUCUGCCACACCCUGGGGCCUGUGCCCCCUCCAGACCCACAGAGGCACCCCAACACCGUGUCUUUUCGUUGCUCACUGGCAGACUUCCAGAUUGAGAAGAAGAUUGGCCGAGGACAGUUCAGUGAGGUUUACAAGGCCACCUGCCUGCUGGACAGGAAAACAGUGGCUCUGAAGAAGGUACAGAUCUUUGAGAUGAUGGAUGCCAAAGCUAGGCAGGACUGUGUCAAGGAAAUUGGUCUCCUAAAGCAACUGAACCAUCCGAACAUCAUCAAGUACCUGGACUCAUUCAUCGAAGACAAUGAGCUGAACAUUGUGCUGGAGUUGGCCGAUGCAGGCGACCUCUCACAGAUGAUCAAGUACUUCAAGAAGCAGAAGCGGCUUAUUCCUGAGAGGACCGUGUGGAAAUACUUUGUGCAGCUGUGCAGCGCUGUGGAGCACAUGCAUUCCCGACGUGUGAUGCACCGAGACAUCAAGCCCGCCAACGUGUUCAUCACAGCUACGGGCAUUGUGAAGCUUGGCGACCUCGGCCUGGGCCGCUUCUUCAGCUCGGAGACCACUGCAGCCCACUCACUAGUGGGAACACCAUACUACAUGUCACCAGAGAGGAUCCAUGAGAAUGGUUACAACUUUAAGUCAGACAUCUGGUCCCUAGGCUGUCUGCUGUAUGAGAUGGCAGCUCUUCAGAGCCCCUUUUAUGGAGAUAAGAUGAAUCUCUUCUCCCUCUGCCAGAAGAUAGAGCAGUGUGACUACCCACCUCUCCCAGGGGAGCAUUACUCUGAGAAGCUUCGGGAACUGGUCAGUAUGUGUAUCUACCCUGACCCCGACCACCGGCCUGACAUCGGAUAUGUGCACCAAGUGGCUAGGCAGAUGCAUGUCUGGACAUCCAGCACCUGAAUGCAGCAUGCCUCAAAGCCAAACACCACUUGUCUUACUUGAGUUCUCUCCCCCACAGCCAAGACCAGAGGGCUCAGCAGGCUCCCAAAGGCGGCUGCCUCUACCACUGAGCUGGAGGCAGCUGGGUUAUGGUCAAACUCCAAAGUCCUUUCUUUGAACUGUUGCAGACAAUCUGAGCUGGGGGAAGGGGUUUGGCAGUCCCUGAAGCCCCUGUACCAACUGAAAUGUGAACCUCUGCCUGGUUCCUUCAUACCUGUCCAGGCCCACACUGUCAGGAGACUUGCAGGGAACAGGGUGACUGGUGUGGGUGAGCCUUUGCAAAUGGUUAACACCAGUUGGUUUAGUUCUUAGUACCUUUCCAUACAACCAGGCUGUGUGCUUAAUUUACUCUCUUGUAAGGGGAUACAAUUGAAAUAAUGGUUUAGAGUAGAGACUUUGCUAAUACUUUCUCUGCAUUUUAUGACUCUGAUGAGUGACAUGAGGAGCACCCAGCAUCAGGCACUGAGAGGCAUGGCGUCUGGGAGAUAGGAGAGUCCUCCUCUUCUGAACCCUGCCACGUACCACUGCCUCCUGGAAUACUGUGGCUCAUUGUAGGAUAAGUGUAUGUCAUUUUCAUCCAUGGGAAGAUAGCAAGAAAAACCCAAGAGCUUUGCCCUCACACUGUUCUUCACAAAUUCUAGUUCUCUAUCUUCCUAGUGUGACUUGGGAAGUCUGUUGGCCUUUUUGAGCCUUCAUUUCCUCAUCUGCAAAAAGGGUAAAUGAAGUAUCUAUCUUCCCAGUGACUAACAGGAUCUAAAACAAAAGAUGCUAUUUAGGCAUGCCUGGCAGCCUACGUUUGUUGUCCCGGCACCUGGGAGGUAGAGGCAGGAGGAUCAAGAACCCAGGGUCACACUCGGCUAUAUGGGAAGUUUGAGACUGGAUGGGAUUACCUAAGACCCUAUCUCAAACAAAACAAAACAGAUGCAAACCAGCCAGCAGUGGCAGGUGACCCAAAAAUGCAGCCUGUCACCCUUUCAGAAAACUCCAGUCCAUGGACCCUGGGAGUCAAGAAUUAAAUACAACUGUGUUAUGGGCAGGAAAAGCAGAAAUAUGUUCAUUUACUUUCUGUUCUCAAUAGGAUUAACUGUGAAGACUAACUUAUAAAUGUGAAUUUAAGGAAACUUAAGUGCUGGAGGAAACAGUCUGAAUUAUUUUUGUUCCCCUAUGGCAAACCUCUAUCUCCAAAAAAUAUUUACAUUAUGAUUAAUGUAGUAGCAAAAUUAGUUAUGAAGGAGCAACAAAAAUAACUUUAUUGUUGGGGGUCGCCACAACAUGGAGAACCGUAUUAGAGGGUUGCAGCUUUAGGAAAGUUGAGAGCCACUGGCCUAUGCAAUACUCGAGCAGUACCCACUUGGUGACAGGCCAGUGCUGCUGUGUCUUGUCAGGUGAUGCUUAACUUGCUGCUGGGUGAACUUACUACCAAGGGCUCCCAAAAGUAGGGUCCUGGCUGGCCACACCCUCUGAGCACAGCCUGCACUCCUCCGUGUUUUAGACAAAACGGGAAGAGGAGUGACCGCUGAGCAGCUCAGGGCGGCUCUAACAGCCUGUCAGUGUCGUCUUCAACUGCAGGCUAUAAACUGAGGACACAACAGCAGCACAACUCCUUGAGGCACCUUUAGAAACAACUUGCCAGGCCCCGAACAGUCCAAGGAAUUCCAGAAUAUUUUUAAGUUCUCCAAGUAAUCCUGAGAAUCAUCAGCCAAGCUGCCACUCAAUAAAUCCACUGUGCUCUCUCAA